AUGAUUUUUGCUUUCCAGACUGCUAGUUAUAAAUCAUCAGUGUUGACUGUUGUCCCUGGUUCAGUUGUUGAUCUUAAGUUAACAAAAGGAUAUUUACUCUUAAUAACAUGUCGUGUAUUGCCUGAAGCACGUACAUCACCGACUCUUGGUCAUGAUGUGCUAGAAGUGGUUCAAAAUGGUGGAUUAACUUAUUAUCUGUACAAUAUGAACACUAGAAAGCUGAUAAAACUUGAGUUAAACACUCUACUGCCUAGUUCCUUAGAAGGAUUAAACGUAGCAUGUAUCAGCCCUGUAUGGUUACAUGGUCAUGAUUUCCACUUUGCGUGUACAUUAUCCCACACAUCCAAUAGAAAUCCUGAUUCUUCUUCAUCUUCUUCUGCAUUAGAACCAAAUAGCCUAAAUUCUGUGUACUUUUGUGCUGUAUUUUCUGUCAGCAUAAAUCAAACCGAAGAUUCUAUGCAGAUUAAUUUCGAUUCAUUAUUAUCCAUCGAGAAGGCAUCAUUCAUUGGUCAAUCAAAUAGUCUACGUGUUUUAUCUUCACAGAUUUCUAUCGAUUCUAUCUAUCCUAGGGACGUGGGUGAUGAUAGUGGCGAUGGCGAUGGUGAUGUGAAAUGGCGUCAUUUUCAAUUGUGUAUGCUUAGUGGAGAGUCUGGCUUACACUCUCUAUCGUCCAAUUUACUUGUCUAUUGGACUAAACCAUUGGAUUCAAAUUAUUCUUUAUUCGCCCUUUUACAACCUAAUCAUUCACCAGGGAUUCUAUCAAAUUCCAGUGUAGCAUUUCCAAUCAAAUCAAUAGAAUUGUUGACUUAUUCUCAACAACUUGGUCAAAUUAAUACAGUCAAUGCUUUAUGGUUAAAACCUUGUCAUAAUUAUGCUACACGUAAACGUGCAUUCGGUGGAAUUGGAUUAGAAAUAUGGAUUAUUCGGCAAUUACCACAUGGAUAUGAAUUAAACAAUUCAGAAGUGGUUGUCUUAUCCACUAGACCUUUACGCGCUCAUCUUAUCGUCUUAGCACCGAAUAUCACUUAUGCUGAUUUCUUUGCAAAUUCCAGUCAUCAAAACACUUCAUUAAUUCAGUCAAUGCUGUCUCAGAGAUCUGCUGCAACCGGGAUCAAGACCGCUACAAGCACCAUCAAUAAUGGUAAAAUCUCAUCAUCUGGUCGUACUGCUCCGUCUUUGUCAAAUGCAUCAUCAUCAUCGUCUUCAUUGUUAUCAUUACCGGCGGCGGUCUCCGCUUCCGUAUCAUCAUCAUCGUAUUCAUCGAAGGCGUUAGUACAGAGUCAGUUAUUAUAUUCGGAUGGUAAUAAUAAUGUUAAUCGUCGAAAUUCACUCAUGUCCUUUUCAUCAUCAUAUUCUUCUUCAAGAAAAUACAGCACUGAAAAAUUUAAAAUGUCUGUCUUCAUACCAUGGCCUUCUAAAUUAUUAUCAGAUGGAAAUAAACGUCAGGCAGACAUAGUCGAAGGAUAUGAUAUUGGUGUUGAUGCUUGUACAUUAUUAGACGAUGAUUCGGAAUCACCUUCAUCACAUAUACCAACCGUAGUCAGGGCUAAUUUAACCAAUUCUGGAUCAAAUUCCGUUUUACUGAGUAAAUCGCAACUACAAUCAGAUGUAGUAUGCACUUCAACGGGGGACGGAUGCACAUCAGAACGAAAUCCACAGUUUUUUGAAUCAAAUGAUGACAGUUCAUUAUCAAAAACUGAAAUCUCCAGGGAUAAUUCUUCAUCAACCAAUGUAAUGUAUCCAUCAGAAUUUUCUGAAAUCUCCAAGAUAUCCACUGUGAAUUCGUGUUCAUCUAGUAAUUUUGAAGAGAUUACAACAACACAUGUAGAAGACGAAAGCGCUGAUAAUACUCACAGUAUAAAUGGCGGUAAAUCUGAAAUUCCCGCUUCAACAAAUCAAAUAUUAAGCUGUUCACCGGAAUCUAAUAAUAAGUGUGAAGUACAGCUAUAUCAAAGUGUAAAUACCACUACGCCAACGAUAACUACUACUACUACUAAUCCAGUUAUUAGUAAUAUCUUGCCUACUGAUGAAAGUCAAAUGGUUUCAUAUGAACAUAAUCAGGAUAAUAAUAAUAAUAGUAAUAAUAAUAAUAACAGUAAUGAUUGUUAUAUGUCUUCUGUGCUGAACACUUCGUCUGCAUGGUCUAUUGAUUUUUGUUUAUCAUCAAUGACAACAACAGAGACGUCGACGUCGUCGUCGUCACCACUGUCAGCUGCUGAUACUUCACAAACACUAUCGCAUUUAUCAUUGGAUACUUUGAAGAAUGAUUAUUUCGAUUUGUUGCCGUUUGUUGAUUCCACUGGUCGACCAGGUAUCGCUUUACAUGAUCGUAUUAAUCGAAAACACUUUAAAUCGAUUUUAGCACCAUUACAAUUUGGCAGUGUCUAUUCUCUUGCAAUUUUGUGUUUUUCCGUUGUUGUCGCUGUUGUUGUAGAUUCAUAUUUCACCAAAUGGAAAACUUAUUUGGUGUCUUGUCCCACCGCUCAAAGUUGCAAAGGUUUCCAUGUUGAUGUCUGUCUUGAAUCGAAUGGUAUACUUGGUCUUUUAAAAGCAUGGAAUUCUAAUGAUAUCGGUCGAUGGGAAUCUAGUGUGCUAUUGGAGAUAACAAGUAUUGCUUUGAGUAAUACAUAUGCUGUUUUCAGUACAUCGUCGGGUCAUUUAAAGAUUCAAGUUGGCCUAUCUGCUAAAAGGCCUUACAAUCAAUCCUAUACAUGGCCAUGUCCUGGAUAUUAUAUUGUACAGGUGGCGACUUGUUCUGCUGGUCUGGUAUGGUGUUUAGCUAUUAGACAAUCAGAUGGUGAUGAUGAUGGGAAUGACACAACAUUUGAUUGCGACAGAUUUGUUAUACUAAGUUCCAGUCUGCCGAGCUCUCUAAUUGAAUAUCAAUCAUCAAAAUCAAUUUCCACUACUACUACUACAACUGUAACAGACCAAUUAAAACGCCUAACAUGGUCAACAACUUUUAAACUACCGUCAUUAUUGAUUCGAUCAUUAGCUGAACAGUUCACUUCAACUGGAAGUUUACCUGCAUUGAAUGAUGAUCUAGCCGCAUUGAUUAAUUGUGAACUUCAAAUUGUAUUAAUUGAUCAGAAAAUGAAAUCAAUAGUUAAAAAUCAAGAAAUGCUAGGAAGAAGUCGAAUGGCGGAUUACAUAACAGCUUGGAUUCUAAUUGCGUAUUAUACACCAGAAGAAAGUGAUGCGUAUAAUAUUUAUUCGGUCAAUGGUUAUGUCCAGGGUAUAAUUAGUAGUAAAUCUGACGGUGAUGAUUGUGAUAAUAAUGAAUUCGAAUCGAUUUCCGAUUGGAAUCAGUUCACUGUCGGUGAAAUUAAUGCUACUACUAAUGCUGCUAACACACCAAACAUGAGUAGGAGCUAUUUCGGUGACUUCUUUACAAGACGAACCACAUCUAAACAGAAAGAUUUUGUUCCAUAUCCCGUUCCACUUAUUCGAUAUACUCAUUCAAUUGUCAAUAACAAAGAAUCUGAUAAAGAUGCUGAGCAUAAAACUACUCUUCAUCUUCCCAUUGAUGAUAUUUUCUCUAAUCAUCGUGUGAUAUGUGAUCAACCAUUCCGACUUGCCCUACAACGUCCUUGGAAUAAGAAUACAAUAAUUAUGCAACCAAUUAAACCCACUUCGCAUUUAUUCACAUAUUAUUGGAAACAUUAUCAUCAUUAUGUUUUGCCAGAAAUUGAAAAUAUCAAUAAUAUAUUUAUUGUUCAGACGUUUGUUAAUUCAGAUGACAAUAAUAAUAAUGGUAGUAGUAAUAGUAAUGCUUUUAUCAAGUGUUUAUGGAUACCUAGUAAUGAUGAUUCACUUAAUAAAGGAAUUAAAUGUUAUGCAGAGACACAAGUGAAAUCAGUUAUUGAUUUAAUGAUACCGUAUCCGAAUGAAAUUAAUGAUCAACCCGAAAAGUUAACAGUUAGUACCAUGUGUCUAUUGGCGAGUGAAUUAUCAACUACUGAUGGUGUCACACAGCUUUUCAUUGCAUUCACCAAUAGUUUAUUUAUGAGUCGUAUUGGUAUAUCAGAUCAAAAUCCGAUUGGAACGCAAUGGGUAAUUUUAAGUUGUCCAGAUAUUUGGAAGACUGAAGAAGUUAGCGCAAGUUCAACAACAGUAAUGCCGAAUUAUUUUACAUCAAUAUGUUGUAUUAAAAUGAAAUUAUGGGCUACAGAUAAUAAUGGUCGAUUGUUUACAGCUAAAUUACUCAUGAACAAUAUUAACCAUAGUAGUAAUAAUAAUAAUAGUGGUCAUUCGUAUUGGGAAACAUUAACGUGGACUUUGGAUCCUGCAUGUGAUAUUGACCGUAAUCCUGAAGGUCAAUCAAUUCACUUCAAGUAUAUUACUGGUGCAAAUUGGGAGUCUUAUGGUUUAGGCAUUUGUUUAUGGUCAAUUGGGUAUAAAUUGUCCUGCUUACCAAAGUCAAAUGAUACAAAUAAUCAUUUUCAAUUUUUCAAUACUAUGAAAUAUGAAUUACAAAAACAGAUUACGCAUACAAUGAAUUCUGUAAAUACUGAAAGUGUUUAUGCUAGAUGUUUUAGAGAAGAUUCUACUCCAGAUAAAUGGUACUAUUGGUUAAAUGUACCUUCACCGACACCGAAAAGUAUCCAUAUUAACAAUAAUGGCGUAUGGCUACUGUCAUCUACCUAUCCAUCACAAAUUUACCAUCGUAUUGGAUUGAGUAUGAAUCAACACGGCAGCAGUAGUGACCACCAUGAUGGUAAUAAUAGUAACAAUAAUAAGGAUUGUUCAUUACCUGCUCCAAAAGAACAUCAAAUCGGUUAUGCAUGGCAGUCUAUGCCAUGCCCCAGUGUGUUCAAUUAUCCUUCUCUAAAUAUAUCUACUAUAUAUGUACCAUUCACAACUGCUACUACUAUUACCACUGACUCUAUUCACCAUCAAAGUGUUAAUCUCUCCAAACUGCCAACAACACAAGCUUCAACUUCUCCAUCAUCCUUAUUAUUGUCAACACAACAAUCGAGACAAUCUAAUUAUGCACCAGUAAUUUUGUAUUGUUUGACAAGCAAUGGCUUAUUCCUUAGUCUUUCAUUUGGCUCUAUCAUUGAAUUCACUGGAUAUUGCGAUAAUAAUACUGAUGAAAACAACAAAAAGGAGGGGGAGAAGAGGCUAUCAAGUCAUCAGUUAGCGCUACAUUGUAAUUCAUAUGAUGCUGAACAUAACGAAUUAAUUAUAAUCGAUUCAUUUGAGUCUUAAUGUCGCCUUACUACAGCUUAAUUUGUGAUAUAUCUGCAUACAUAUUUGCAUAUGUACAUAUAUAUUGUCGAUUUCUAGUCAUAUUUUACUAAUAUAAC